CCCGCCCCGCCGCCCGACCCCGGCGCCGGGGUCUCCUUCCGCCUGCACCGGGGCCGACGGCCGUUGGCUGCGGGCGACUCGCCGGCUGCGGGCUCGGAGAAAAGAUCAGUGAGGAUCUCCUGUUCUUCGAGUGAGUGCUCCACAUCUGUCUGAAGAAAAACACUAACAAGAUUGCAGAAGAAAUACCCAGUGUAACAGCAGCAGUCUGAAAUCUUUACGUUGGAUGCAGAAGCCCGUUGUCUCAUCUAAGAUUCCUGUAUCACUCAUUUGGUUUUACCUGAAGAAAAAGAAAUCAAGAGAAGAUGGACUGGAAUGGAGGACCAGUCCAGAAUGCUAAUGCAAAUAUGAACCUUCAAAGUGAAGGAGCAUAUCACACUCAGUUGCUUUCUAAUGGACAUGCCUUUCCUCAGACAAAUGCCAGCUCCUCUACAAAUGCAUGUACUUAUGCUGAAAGUAACCAGUUUCUGUAUCUGCCAACUGUCAAGGUUACCUUUCCUCUUGUGAAUGCUGAAGGAUUCAAAACUUCUGAUCAGACCUUACCAGGAGCAUCUGUGACUGGUAAUAAUUUUUUUAUGUCAAAAUACUCAGUGAAACAACAUCCACAGAUGUAUGUACCAGCUCAGAAACCUCCCAUUCAGCAGUCACCUUCUCAGGCAGAGAUGAUUCAGACUUCUUGGCCAGUCUCUAAUGCCUACAGUUAUUCCUGUAGAAAUGUGCCUCCCCUGUCUUCUCAAAUGAAUGCUGGAAGUAGUGUGAGGAGCGUACAUCAGGGACCUCAGUAUGCUGCUACAAACACUUACACUGCGCAGCCGCAAAUACUGCAGCAAAAUUCUGUGAGAUUUGCAGCCUUAUAUCAAAGUAGCACUCAUUCCCAGAAUAAUUCUGUGUCUUUUGGUACAUCUGGGCAACAAGUACAAAACCAUAUGUAUCAGUCCAAUACUCAGUACAAAGGUUCAUACUCAGUCAAUCAAAAUACUGAAACAAAUGUACAGCUCCCACAAUUUCAACCAAGUCAGAUGGAAUCACAAGCUCCUAGAGGAUGUUCUGCACCAUCUUUUUUGCCUGCCAACUGUGUUUCAGGAGCUGCUGCACAAUCUUCAAUAGGUGUACCACAGGAAGUACAAAACAUGCCUAAUGGAUACACCCUUAGCCAACAGAGGAGCCCACUGGAUCAAAAAAAUUCUUCUGGUUUUAACAGCAUUCAGCAACACUGUCAGAAGCAGCAAUGUGGAGAAGUCAGUCAAUCAGUUAAGAGUUUCUGUAGUUCAAAUGGAAGUGUGACAGCAAAUGGUUCUUUUAAUGAAAUGACUGUGCCAUCCCCUGGCAUUUCUGAAGACCUCUUCGAUAUUGUGAAAGAAAUAGAAGCUCUUUCUUCAAAGCCACUGAGUGAUCCUCCUUCAGUUCAAGAAAGCCAGACCAGUAGUUUAAUGAAUGGACCUGUUAAUUCUCAACUUUAUUCAUCAUCAGCAGAUGAAAGAAAAAUUGUAAAGGACAGACCAGCUUUGGAUGCUGAGAGGCUGUACAAUAUUAAAAAAUGGGCCCUACUUGCAAGACUUUUUAAAAGAAAAUUCUUAGCAGCUUCAAAGCAUUACAAAAGCACUGCCCCUCCUCCCUACGGUUAUCAGUGUACUCCUGCUAAUUGUCUUCCAUGGGUGCCCAAACAAAAUGUACCACCUUCCUCAACUCAAACAAUGAUGACAGAAAGUCAAACACUUAGGAUUUCACAUGAAGAAAGAAAGGACAAAAAUCUAGCCAAUGCUGAUAACAGAAGAUUAGAGGGGACUCAAAGUAACCCGCAGGUGGCGCAGGGAAGCCUUCCUUCAAGCUUAGCUCCUAUUCCCUCUCAGAGCCAACUCCCAGCUCAGUUAAAUAAUCCUGAGAGCACUCCCACGGUGGAACAACAGGAUGUGCAUGCCUUGGCCUCUUCUCAAGAAACUGCAAUUUCCUUGAACAAUGCUUCUUGUUUUAGUCAAGCAGGUAGCUCUGUCAAAAUUGCAUCAAAGAGCGUGCAAAUUAACCCCGAGAACUCAUCGUUUCUUCAGUUUGUAUUAAGUAGCACAAAUGCAUUGAAAGAGAAGACAGCUGGUGCUACUGCUGAUAAAAUACUGACUAGUCUCCUGUGUAAUGACAAACAAAUGGUACAUACAUCUGUCUCAGGUGGAAGCUUGCAAAAAGACACUAGUGAGAGGAACGUAGAAAGAUUGAAAGGUGAGCAGGCAUCUGUGGUUCACACAAACUCUCCUGUAUCGGAAACAACUAAAUCUGGUGAAGCUAAAUUCCAGAAUGAGGUAGCUCAGAAAAAAAUGCCGUUUACUGAAAAUACAUCCUGUAAUCAGAUCAAUUGUACUUACUCUAUGGAAGAGCUAACUGCAUGCCUGAGCUUGUGGCGGAAGCAUUCAUCAGAAUCUGUAAAUGUGCAAAAAAACCAGUCAAGUGACAGCCCCACAGCAAAUCAGAUUUCACCCCCCAACCAAAACACAAAAAAUGGAGAACAAAAUAAUGUUCUGGUUAGUAUGGAUGAAGCAGUGUUGCCUAUAACAACUACCUCUGUGGGACAAAAACUUGAUACACUGACUUCCAGUUUGAUAAAAAAUUUUGAACCUCAGGUUGCAGUUGUCUCUCCUUUAGUACUUUCUGAACAGAGAACACAGAGUGAGCAAGCAGACAAAAUCCCAACAUCUGAAGAUAAAACCUAUCCAGUGAUUGAUUUGGAGAGCACAUGUAGCUUGCAAGAAGCGGGGGAAAAUGGUUUAAAUGUGGCAAAUACUGACAAAGGAGCAAUAGAAAAUGCUUGGUCAUCACCCAGUGAUUGUGUUCUUGAACAGCAAGUGGACUCGCAUUUGCAACAGAUUGAAUUAGGUGAUGAAAACAGAAGAGUAAAAACCAGCGUGAAUGGAAAUGAUUCAUAUUAUGAAAACCAAAGGAAGGUUAGUCAAUCUGCACAAGAUACCAGAGAAAAUCUGCAACUUGGAUUACAAAACAAGAUUUCUCUUCCUGAAACGGGCAUAAAUGUUUCUAGUCAAAUCUCCCAAGAAGAUGUAGGAUAUCAUAAAGACAAGCAAACUAUGUUAGAGACAGGGGAUACAUCCACAGCUGUGUUGGAAGAUCAGAUGUUUCGUAUUUCUAGUGUAUGUUCUCUUGUAGAAGGUGAUAAAUUUUAUAAUCCACAAAUAGCAGGCAUCUUCAGGUCGGUGUAUGAGACACAUGCAUCAGAAGGAAAUGGAUCUGAUGCAAGGGAAAAGGAACAACGUCCGGACUUGCAUAAAAAUGGGCUGAGCAAUAACACUCCCCAGAAAGAGAGCUUGCUGCUAAAGAUGUUGGGAGAAUCAUCAAACUGCAUGAGUAAAGCAGAUAAGAUUCUGCAUGGUAGCACAAUGAGUCAUUUAGACAAAGAAAGCAGUGGCAAUCCUCUUAAGGUAGUUUCUACCUCAGAACAAAACGUGUCAUCCGAGGCAUCUUUCAAGCAUCCUGAAAAUUGCUUAAAAAAUCUUGCUAAUGUAAACCAGAAGUUAACUCAACGUUCACUAGGUUCUUCUAUCAGCAUAACUGCUGAAACAAAUGCAUCCACUGUUCCAGGUGACCACAGUAAACAAAAUUCCAUUCCCACUAAAAAUAGCACAGAGGAAGAAAUAAACUCUUUUGGAGGAAAACCUUGUAAAUACCUAAAAAAUCAGCUGUCUGAACUAGUGAAAGAGUUUCCAUAUGGCCUUGAAAGUGCUGAUAUGCUAAGAAAAGAACCAGCACAAAGUCAUUCUGUGGCUGAAGGGAUGGAGAAUCAACCUCAAAAAAAGAUUAAAAUUUGUGACAAGAAUUCCAAUUUGAAGGACCCAGUAAAUCAGAUUAAAAUUGCAGUGUUAAGCUCUGAUCAGGUUCAAGAACUGUUUCCUGAACACAAACAGUGUCCCUCUAGUGACAACAAGAGAGCAGUGAGUCAACAGUCAGAAAAGGCUUCAGCUGAGGAGAACCCUGAAGGGAGUGUUCUGCCUAGUCAGAGUCUGUGUAAGAAGGAAAAAAAAAAACAAGAAAAUUCCAACGCCAGUGAAAAAAAUGAAGAUUGUUCAUUAACAGGUGGUGUAUCUGUAGGAUGUAAAAUGCCACAUUGUCCCGGUAAAUCAGGAACAUCUGGUUCAGAGAAAAAUGAUUAUCAACUUCCAAAAGUUGAAAAUAGUAGCUCUGCAGAGAGACAAGAAAACAAUAGUAAAUCUGAUGCCCCAACAAAAAAACACUGUGCAGUGGGAACCCAGACAAUUUCUGGAGAAAUCCCAACCAGUAUUAGCAAAAAUAAAGAAGAUAUUUGCAUAUACACCUCUGCAAUGAACAAAAAACCCAGUCUGAACAUCAAUAAUGAACACAUACUGCCUACAAUAAAACAGGAAAAUAUUGGAACACUUAAUUGUUUUGAAAACCAAGAUGCUGAUAAGUAUAAAUGCAGCAGCCAGAAGGAAAGGCUGCAAACUGACAAAGGAACCCCACUGCCAAGCAAAGAAUUUCAUUCUGACAAAAAAGAACAUCAGACAGUUUCAGAAGAAUUGCUGGAGAAAGCUGGUCACACACAUGCAGACAACAUGACAAAGUCAUCUGGAAAGAAGGAGAGAGUUUUCAAAACUGAGUUAUUUCCAAGAGAUAAAACCAAACCAGCUUUGACCGUGAAAUCCAAAACGCACAUUCACAAAUUUAUGAAAUCAGAAACUGUAGAAAUUAAGCACUCUGAAGUCAAUCAAAGGCAAAAUAUUAAAACUUGUGGAGAGAACUCAGCUGAAGGACAGAACUGUAGUAAAGAAAAGGAGAUGCUUGGGCAAGAUGUAAGGAUUAAUGUCAAAGAGAAAGAUAAACUGCCAGCAGAAAUAAAACAUAAAAAGCUGAAAAGUUACCGAUCUGAUGCUGUAAGGUUCUCAAAUUUUGGCGCUGUAGACUUUAAGUCAAAAAACACAAAAUACUCUCCGCAUAAAUCUGUGAAAGUUCAUCCUUCGCAGGAGCAGCCAUACAAACGGAAGAUGAAGGAAAACCUGAUGGGGAAGAGAGAACUUAAGAAAUCAAAGGUGGAAGAUGAAAGACUGAAACAAUCUGAAGCAAAGAAUUUUAAGCAAGUUGCACAUAAUUGCAUGAUAAAUUCUGACAGAGCUAAAAGACUGAAUGGAGAAAAUGUCUGGAAACCAAAGAGUUCUUUAGCAGAUCACUCUGUGCUUAAACUACAGAGAAAAAGGGCUCUAUCUUCUCCCAUGUCUAAAAACUACUUUUCUAACAAAGAAAGACGUCUCGAUGGUCAAAACAAAGACAAGUGCUCUGAGAAAAUGUUUCCUGAUAAAAACAUGCUAUACAUAAAUAGAAGAAAUAACAGACUGAAGUUGCAUCUUCAAAAGGAACCAAAAAAACACUACCUGAACAGGGUUGCGUUUAAACGUACAGCACAGGAACGCAUAUACCUGACAAAAUUAGAGACAUCACCUGUCAGACCCGUCUGGCAUAGAAAGACCAAAGUGUCACAUAACAGUGAUUCAAAAAAAGAUGCGUCUGCCUCAGCAGCCGAGAAACCGUGCAAGCAGGAAGUACUUGAAUUUAAACUGUGUCCAGAGAUACUGUUCAGAAAUCCAACCACUGGUGAAGAAAGCUUAGCUGUGAAGAAUUCCCUGGAAAGAGAUAAAGUCGCUGUAGCAGGUGUCAAGAGUAAAAAAGAAGACUGGUUAAAAUGUGAACCACAGAAGCAAAAGAAACUGGAAGAGAUCUCUACAGCUGAGGACAGUAUUCCCCUUGAUACAGCUAUGCAGAUCCUGGAUGGAGAUGGAGAGACUCUUCACAUUCCAAGCAAGGACUCAAAAGAGAUGUUUCAGACCUACAGGAAAAUGUAUCUGGAAAAAAAGAUGCAAAAGCCUUGAUAACACUCCUGUAUCAGAGGUCUUACUCAGUAUCACUGAGAAAAAAAUGCCAACACUGAGAUGCUUUUUUUCAGUUUACUUCAUAUUUCUGAAUAAUUGUAAAAAAACACAGUUUUUUGGUAGGU